AUGUCCCUAAGUUCAAAAGUAUCGCUCGUGGAAAACAAUGAUGAACAUUCGAUUUUUACGAGUCGACCAAAAAACACUUUGUCUACACGAAUCACAACUUUAGAUACACUAAAAGCAAUUCAUCCCUCAAAAGUAUUUAAAAAUGGAAUUAUAGAUACACCAUUGACAUCAUUAUCAUAUGAUGAUGAAGGGAGGUAUAUUCUUACCUCAGGUACGGAUGAAACGUUGCAAUUGUACGAAGUGCCCAGAGGCCAUCAUGUUAAGUCUAUAUUUUCGAAGAAAUAUGGAUGUGAUCAAGCAAUUUUCACUCACAAUUCCCACACAAAGUGUAUUUUUGCUAGUACGAAGGAGAAUCAUAUUCUUCGACUUUUAAAUUUAAAUGAUAAUUCAUUCAUAAGGUAUUUCAAAGGGCAUGACGCACAGGUUGUGAAUUUGAUAAAUUCUACAAGUAGUACAAGAUCCGAGAGUUUUUAUUCUAGUUCCAUCGACGGCACUGUUAAAUGCUGGGAUCUCAGGGUGAAGGGAUUUACUGCAAGUCUUGGACUUCACUCCAUACCUUUAAUAGCACUUGAUCCAAGUAAUACCGUUAUGGCAAUUCUUGAAAUUCAAAACUAUCAAAUAAAUCUUGUAUCAAUGGAAAAAUUUCCUUCUGGACUUAUUGCAUCAAAAAACAUCAAGGAUGUAUUAAAAAAACACUCCUUAACUCCGGUAUGUAUACAGUUCACGAACGAUAACAGGUAUAUAUUGGUCACUACGGCGGAAUUAAAACAUUUAGUCUUGGACGCGUAUACCUUGGAUCUUGUCGUGUAUCUUUCUGGAGGUAUUCCUUUUACGGAAAGACAAUAUCCUGAUAUUGGAUGUUUAACUGUGACACCAAACAGUGAUUACGCAUUAAGUGGGUCAGGAAAUGGCGAUAUACUAGUAUGGAAUUUAAAAAAUCUUCAGAGUGGUGCGUCAUCUAAAACAUUGGCACCAUCUGCCACUAUCAAUAACAAAUAUUCAUUAAGUAAAGGGAUAUUGCCAAGAAUGAUAAAGUGUAAUCCUAGAUACGAAAUGCUCGCAGCUGCAGACACAGAAUUAUCUUUCUGGACAUCAACUUAG